UUUUACUGCGAUCUUGUCCUGCUUCUGGUGGCCCAAUCCAGUCCAAUUCGGUGUUGUUUGUGUCAGAGUGCUAGGAACCGAGUCCGAGAGUAGACGCGAUUGGUUAGUUUUUCUGGAAUUUCAGAUUAAUACAAGUGCAGUGCAUCCAGGUGGUGUUGUGUUUGGUCCGGUGGAAGCUUUCUACAUCAGGUGUCAUAAGUUGAAGAGUGUGCACUCACUCAGGGUGGAUCGAAGUUGAAAAGUUGGAGUUCUAAUCACGGUGUACUAAACGAGUUGCAAAGGUCACUCCGCACGGCUGGUGCGUGACUCAGUCGCCCCAAUUCGAGUCGGUGUGUUUGGUAGCGUAUCCAAAAAGUUGAGAAAUUGAAUUUUUCUGCUUGCUAUCGUUUACUGUACUGUUCUAGUAGUACGCCAGUGCAUAGGAAAAAAUAAGCUUUCCUGGCAGUAUCAACGAGAGUGGUCAACCCAGGAUUUGGUCAAGCCCUCCGAGUAUAAGUAGUGUAAUCGUUUGCGCCUCAAUCGAGUCCAGUGAUUUAGCAAGCGGUGUGUGUUAUCUGCGCGGAAAAGGGUUGGCGAUAGGUUUCCAUCGGUGCCCUUCCAACGAACAGCAGGCGGUGUUUUUUUAUCUAUCCAUAGCAUAAGCUAUUUAGAGCGGAGCUGUUGUGUAACAUUUGAUAGUGGACGACGCGCGACUAGACCGAACGAAAAUCGAAACUGCAUCGUUUGACAGCGGCCCGACUAAUAGAGCUCCCGUACACGGUUGACCAAUUGACACUCUAGUGUAAUAAACAAGACAAGAUGCCCCAAUCGGACGGGGGUUACGUUUCGCUCGGCAAUGCCGGGGGGCCACCAUCGGUGUACAAUUCCACCACCGAACCGCACGCAGGCUCCAAGUCGGUUAUGGAAGCGGUAAAGCGCGUUAUCGGGUCGGCCAUCGGUGCCCAGGACAAGCACUCCCUGCUAGAACGGGACUCGGAAGGUGGCCCGCAACCCUACAUCAUCAGCAGCAGUACUAAUUUCAGGGACCGAGACAAGACCGGCAAAGCGGCCAACGCCAGAAUGCCAUCUGCUCCAGCCCACACUGCCGAGGAGGCCCGCCUGCUGGGAGCCAUGCCAGUGGAUCCGAUGGACGACAUCGAGCUGCGCUCCGUACAGCUGCAGUACCCAAAUCAGCGUGGUUCGAUUGUGGGUCAGUGCGAUCUGCGGCGAGUUCCGACCGACAAGGGGGACAUCCUGGUGGCGGUGCAAGGUGAUACAACGAAACCGGGCAUUCUGACGUACCACGAUUUGGGAUUGAACUAUGCAUCGAGUUUUGCGGGAUUUUUCAACUUUCCAUCGAUGCGUGCUCUGCUGGACAACUUCUGUGUGUACCACGUGAACGCUCCGGGUCAGGAGGAAGGUGCCCCUACCUUCCCGGAAGACUACGUUUAUCCAACGUUUGACGAACUGGCAGCGCAGCUUCUAUUUGUUAUGUCACAUUUCAACCUAAAGACUAUCAUCGGAUUCGGGGUCGGUGCUGGAGCUAACAUCCUGGCUAGGUUUGCCCUGUCGAAUCCCGAUAAGGUCGGCGCAUUAUGCCUUAUCAACUGCAGCUCUACGGCAGCCGGUUGGAUUGAAUGGGGUUACCAAUUGUUAAACUCUCGCAAUCUUCGCACCAAAGGCAUGACUCAGGGCGUACUGGACUACCUAAUGUGGCACCACUUCGGCCGGAAUCCAGAGGAACGGAAUUUGGAUUUAGUUCAGUUGUACAAAUCUAACUUCGAACGUUCGAUAAACCCCGUCAAUCUGGCCAUGCUCAUCGACUCGUACAUCAAGCGUACCGAUCUGAAUAUCGCCAGGACACCAUCGGGUUCACCUCAAACAGCUGCAUCCCUAAAAAUGCCAGUACUGAACAUCACGGGAGCCUUAUCGCCCCACAUUGACGACACGGUGACAUUUAAUGGCAGACUGGUACCGGAGAAAACAAAUUGGAUGAAGAUAUCCGACUGCGGGCUGGUACUGGAGGAGCAGCCGGGCAAGCUGGCCGAAGCGUUCCGAUUAUUCCUGCAGGGCGAGGGCUACGCACCAACAUUUUCACCGCAUGCUAAAAACCAUUCUACAACAACUAACUGCAACAACAACAACAACAACGACAUCAACAACACUCAAGAGUUCGACAGGCUAAACGGAAACGCCGGAAAUGGAGGAGGUAGUGUCAUCGGCGGUACGGGACCGGGAGUGGCUGAUAACAACAAUCUGCCGGUGAGCGCAACGACCGGGGCCUCGAUCCGAAUAACCGAGAACCCGUUGCCGGAAAACGUGACAUGCUAGAAAAGACACAUAUCGGGCCCGGCGACGGGUGGCGAUGGUGAUGGUGGUGGUGGUCCCAGCGGUCACCGGCCACUGAGGAACCGAUGGUCACCGUCGCCGCUCCCGGCGGGUAAGUAUGAGCUUGACGAAAGCGAACAGGAAGUGUGGACUAACCGUCGGUAUAGGAUAGAGAAGGUACUGUUGAACGCUAUAUUUUCUGUACAGUUUUAGGAAGAACGAACGCUAAAGGCUAGAAAGAGUAGGAGGCUGAUUUUGCAUGAUCAGAAGCUUGCCAGAAAAGAUAUAUUGCUGCUGAAUUGCCAUAGAAAGCCACACCCGAAAAGAUAUUCGCAAUAUUUUACCGUAUGAAGUAACUAAAGAACGCUAAACAACAUUACACUUUGUCGUAUGAUUUCGUUUGUUCUAAAAUGAUUAUCUUACUCAACUAUAAAUCGUGAAUGGAUAAAAAUUCUAUCACUCUUGCGAAAUAAUCGAAAUUUCAUCACAAUGAUAACGGAACCACGAGCUUUACCGGAAAUGCUAAACUCAAAACCGAUUGUUUCCAUACUGUAAACUUAUGUUCUGGUAGACGAGUCACAUGUUUAGGGAAUAUAACACAAGGACUGUGAACUAUGUGUAAAAUUUACGCCAUUUUUACUGGAGAGGUUAUCAUUGCAAUUGAGUUGCUGAAUGCAAAAAAUCGGGUUAGUUAGCUCAACCCUAGAACGCUCUUCCGGGUCGAUUCGUACCCAGCAUAUUGGAGGUAGAAGGAACUUUUUAUGUAAUUCUGCGACUUGCUUUAUCAAACAUUAAAUAUUUUAUCGUGAAAUUGAUCGCACUCGAAUAUUAUUUCAGAAGCUUCUUAGCAAAAGGUUUUGGAAGUAAACUAUUUAUCCACGGAAGCGUUUAGAAAAAAAUCACGAGAGCGAUCUAGGAUUAUAUACCGUUAGUUUUUUUAAUGGAAUACCGGAUAAAACAAGGUGUGUAAAACCCCAAUGGGAGGACGCUUAGAACAAUGUGCCAAUCACAUAUUAACACAAUGCGUUGGCGCAUUUAUCAAUAUUGGCACUUUCGUUUUCAUACAGUUGCACAGUUGCGGCACACAAAGGGCUCAGUUUUGACAAGUAGCUGUUUCAUGGGGAACAGCGUGGCACACUUAUACCGUUUUCGUUUAUUGAUCAGAGCAGUCCGAAAGCUGACCCAGAGUCGCCCAAACAACGUUUGAUAUGUUUGUUUUAGCAACCUGCGGUCGCUCUAGAUCGGACUCCAAUCGCGUAGUUUCGCUCUGAAAAUUUUCUCGGGUCGCACCACGCAUCCAUGCAAGUUUGUUUAUUUUUUCUUUUUUCAUGAGUUGUUGUUUAGGGCGCGUACCACGUGUUCGUUUUAAUCGGAGUCAGAGUCGCCCGCGUCUAGGUUCAAAAACGAAAACGGUAUUAGACUCACAGUAUAUCACGUGUUUUUUUAGAGGCACAAUAUAGAUUGUGUUAAGCGACUCUCCCCGUGGUAAAACCCGGACUGGGUCGACUGUCGCAGCGGGACGAGCCAUGGAACAGACCGCCCUUCCCAACCAGGUUCACAGAUUAAUCUGUGUUUCACAGAUUAAUCUGUGUUUCACAGAUUUUCAACUUUCAGCAUAGAUUUUAAAAAUGACACAGAUUUCUGAAAGUGAUCACAGAUUUUCACAGAUUCUGAACUUAAUCACAGAUUUUCACAGAUUUUUUAAAUCGAUCACAGCUUAGCACCAAGAUUCUGAUCAGCUAUUAUGGUACGGAAAACGUGCACAGAUUUUCACAGACAGGUUUUUGGCUUCAUCACAGAUUUUUGGAAAAAUGACCUGGCAUCCCUGCAAAUAAGCCAUAAUUCAUCCGCAUUCGGAUAAACCAGAAAAAAAAAUAUCUGGCUUUUACAUUCGAAGGUUUCUAUCCGGUUCUUACAAUAGAGAAGUUUUUAAACGACUAUUUUCAUGCAAAAUACAAGUCCGCUUUUUGCACUCAAUAAUUUUAUCCAGUCUUGCACUUAAAACUACUUGAACGGAUUUUUUCAACCAAUUUUGCUUUCAACAGUUCAAUCAAUGCUUUUUAUUUUCAUUUAACUCUUACGACAUGGGAAGAAAAUGUAAGUUUUGUACGAGUGGAAAUUGUGACAGUUGUUUUCCAGUGUCAAUGUUUCCAAAUUUCUGUAAUAUACAAACGAACACAUCGUUAUGGAACCAGAUUAUUUUUUCAAAAAUCUGUGUUCACCACAAAUAUAAGUCUGUGCAAGAUCGGUGUUCAUUUCUGAAGAAUCAGUACCAGUCUGUAUUCGCUUUCGGAACCUGUGAAAAACUGUUUAGUUUUUAACAAUUUUGCAAGAUAUUGAAAAUCUGUGAAACGCAGAGCAAUUUGUGAACCUGGCAUCCCUGGCGAGCAAUCGAGUAGACGACUGCACCCAUGCAACCAAAAGAUUCACAAUUACUGGAAACAUACACUUUCUUGUUGCUUAAAGGUACAUUCGGAACUUUUAAGAAUUUGUAUGCAUAUAACAAGCUCCAAGUGAACUUUCACGCUGUUAAGAAAACACAUGGUUGUUUUUGACAGCUGUCAUAAAUCGAAUAAACAUAGAUUUCUCACUAUAUGGAGACACUAACAGCGCUUCUAGUGUUGUACUUAGUGAUGUGUUUUUUUACUCGAUUAAUCAAAAUAAAGAUAAAGUAAUCGAGUAUUUGUAAUCGAUUAACGGCAGUGCCACUACUCGAUCUAAUCGAUUAAUAGCAAUUAAUUAAUCGAGAUUUAUUUCAGUUUGCAGAUAACGUUUAGCCUUAGGCUGCAGACAGAGUGGGCGUAUGAAGCUGAGCCGAGCUGAUGACUGACAUUGGAAAAUCAAAAUAGGGAAUGAUACUAGCAGCAAAUCAAAAGGACUCUUUUAGAGUACAAGUGAGAAAUCGACUCAGAUUUCACUCUGACAGGGUUCCUCUGUUUUGCUAUGAGUACGUUUCCUCCUUUGGUUAGCACCAAGCACGGCUUAGCUUGUCGAGCUCACUCUGUAUGCAGCAUAAAACUAAACGUGGCUAUGAUGAGAGUUGCAGUUUCAUCUGUCAUAAUUCAAGGAAAUACGAAUUUCGAUCUAAAUAAUGAUUUACGAUCCAUUCUGCCCAUGGUUACAAUGUUCGCGAAUUUUUCUAUCCGUUUGAUCAUAGAUUUUAUUGAAUAAUCCAAGAAACUGAAAAUUUUCUAGACAUUUCAACCACAUUUUCUCAAAUUUUUGCUUGCUAUAUGAUAAACUUAUUUGGCAUUUGGCAGUUCUGAUUCCGUUUAGAAUAAUUUGAUCGAUUAAUUGCAUUAAUCGAUUAGUGCUUAAUAGUAAUCGAUUACACUAAUCGACUCCUCUUUUAUUAAUCUAAAUCCUAAUAAUCGAUUAAUACGAAAAAUCAGACAUCACUAGUUGUACUUUUUUCCAUUAGCUACUAUGGUUGUGUUAAAUGCGGAGGCAACUUUAUAAAUGCAUUUUAAGAGCAUUUACGCAUCGAAUAAUAUUUAAUCGAUUAGUUUGAAACUAAUAUUCGAUUAAAGAACUAAUCGGAUAAUUCGAAAAAUCCAACGAUAGUAAUCGAAUAAUUAAUCGAGUAAUGAAUUAAUUAUUCUGAUAAUCGAUUAAAAUUGAGUCGAUUAGUUCGGAAAAUUUAUUCGAUUAUUGAAUAAUCGAGUAAUUAAAAAAAAAUCGACAUCUCUAGUGUUAACUUUCUCACUGCUCAAGAGCAGAGAUACCAGAUUCAGUAGACAUGCUGUCAAAAUUUACAAACUUGAAAUCGACGCGUUUUUUUUCUUGCUAAAACAAUUCCGUGCAUCAUUUUAGAUGGAAAUCCGCGGACUUUUUCCAGAAUUUACAGACUUUUUCAAACCUGCCUGAAGAGAUUUGAAAUUUUCACCUGGUAUCUCUGCUUAAGAGUACGUAAGGAACUUUUGGCAACUUGAUAGUGCAGAACAACAGAGAUGUCAGAUCUGCAGAUUUCGUUUACAGGGGACAGAGGUAUUUCGGCCCACUUUAGGAUUUAUUUUAUUUUGAUCCACUUUGUAAAAAUACCCACCAAAUGUUGUAAUAUUUUUGAAAACCCCUUCCGCAAUAGGUAAUUUAAUGUAAUUAACUUCAAAUUGAUGCAACAUGGGUUACUUAACAUCGGUUAAAUCCAUAAAGUUUGUUAGGUGGGUCAAAAUAUAUGAAUUGACCAAAAUACCUCUGUUACCAUAGUUCUGCAGACAUCGUUUGUUGCAGACUUUUGAAAAUCGAGUUUUUUGCAGACUUGUUCCCUGGCAUCUCUGCAGAACAAGUACCGCGUAAACUUUCUUGCUGAUGAGAAUGUUAUUCGUGAACUUCGUACACGCAGAGAAAUGGAGCUUGUUUAAAAUAACAAAUCGGUUAGUAGAUUUUCAAAUCCGAUUCAUGUUAAUUUCAAUCUAGAAUAUGAUUGUUUUAAACCAUUUUCUCCCUUCAACAUCAACAAAGAUCUCUGUUCAAUGUGAAUAAAUAUUUUGGUCUUGCCAAACGAAAAAAAUAAUUGUUCCAGCUGAUUUUAUUGUUGAAAUAAUUCAUCAAUGUAUUGCGUAUCAAUAAAAGCAGAGUAGAUUUUAUUCGCAAUAUCUAUGUUAAUUCAAGUCUGCUUUAUCUUUAUGUUAAGAACAAAAUUUAUUCAUUUUAUCUGUUGUCUUAUUUGUGUAAUGAUACAACAAAGUUUAUUGUUCAAAAGAACCAUACCAGUCCUAUUUUUUAUAAACCAGAGUCGUUUUUUCAAUCGUGAAUGAACAGAAAAGUUUUUUACGCGUUUCAAAAGUAAAAUUUUACCUGCUUAUAUAUUUUUCAUCGGGCUUUUCAUCAAUCCAAGCGUAAGUAUUGAUAGUUAAUAAUAUUAGAAACUACAAUAACACGCUUUCUUAACAACAUAUAUUUGAUGCAGGUUAUCUCUAUCUUCACCAGAAGGGCACCGGGAAAGGGUACCGAAUCAUUGAAUACUAUAAAAAGUAGUAUUGGAUUGAUUGUGGUAUGUAGAUAAAUAUUAUAAAUGUAUGGAAUAUAAAUGUAAUUGAAAUUCCUUACAAAUAUAUAAAUUGAAGAAAAAUGUACCAACAACAAGCCUUCAAAUUAUUUCGAAAGAAAUCAUUUUACUCGUAAAAACAAAACAAAAUGAAUAUUUUUUACAAACAAAAGCGUAAGUUGAAAUACUAAUCAUUUCAAGUUGAUAUCUUAUCAUUUAUUUCAACUGCCAAGUUUAUAAAUUCAAAACACUAUAAAUAUUACCUUUAUCCAAAAUUAGUUCAUUUUAAACUGAUUUUGCAAGUUGACUUUACUAUGAAAUUGUUUGUCAACAAAUUGACAGGAACGCACAAGUAAAAUAUUUGUUGGAAUUAACAAAAUAUUUAUAGAAACAAACUAGUCCACUGAGCAAAAUCAAAUACCUAGUUUUGUUGUUUCAAGCAACAAUAUUUGCUAUAUUAAACCAAUUUUUCUUUUGUCACUAUUUCAACAAAAUAAAUCGCUACGUGAAACCCAGAUUUAGUUACAUUUACAAUAUUUUUCUCUGCGUGUAAGAUGCUUAAACCAAAUCUGUCGCUUUUAUCCGAACUUAUGGUAAGUUGGGUUAGAUAGCUUCUCAUUCUCAACUUAUAAAAAGCUUCAAGUUUACAGAGGUUUUUGAAUAAUUUGGCUCCGUUCUAAAUAUUUUUUUUUCGUGGUUUCAACUGAACCCAGUUCUCAAACCCAUACAGUUGACAGCUGUUUUAGUCGGCUUUUGCUUCAAGCGAAAACGUCAUUAGGUUAAACUAAUUCGUCUGGUUUUAACAAACAGCGAACGAUAGAAACCUUAAGACCGUUCAAUAAGCUGUUCUAAUUCUCAUAGACAGAUUCAUUGUUCAUCUUCGACUAAAACAUGUCAAUCGCAACGAUGAGAUGCAGUUCUAUUUUCACUACUAAAGUGUUUUGAAUCAUUUAAAGUUUAAAACACGAAUAGAACACAGAUUCGAAUGUCAUGGAUGUGUAUGAGUCAAAAAAACCAUUGACUGACAAGCGAGAAAACAAAAUGUGAUAUAAGAUAAUGUGCUAUAACUAUAACUGUUGAUUUUCUAAUGUUUGCUUGACUGUUUUUCUUCAAAUUACAGGCUAUUCAAUCUCAUAACUAAGAUUUUGGUUAUUUCUCCUGACUAGUUUUUAACUGAUAUUCUUAAGAACAUCGCUCGGCCAUAAAUUCAAACAAUUGUGAACUACAAAUUUAAAAUACUAAUGUGUAUAUGAAUUCUCAUUCAAAGUCAGGAACGAAAUUUGUUUGUGGGGUACCCUGAGUUGUGAUCAAUUGUCAAGAAUGGAAAUGAAGAUUGAUCCACCUAAUGUAGAAUUGAAUCGAUUCGACACAUUGUAAGAAUCGCAUUCAUUAUUCUGGACCAAAAACUACAAUCUGAAAAAAAAAUUCUUGGCAAUUUUUAGAAAUGUUUUAUUUUCCAUUCGAUUCAAAGUUUGUGAAAAUUGAUAAGAAAUCCAUUCGAGCUGAGUUUUGCAGUGUCCCGGUUACCGAAUCCGAAUAAAGGAUACAAUCGCUGAGACUUGUAAUUUGAAUAAUUUGGAACACUUGUUUUUGUUUAUGCGUUGUGAUUCGCAUGGGAAUUGUUCAACGAAUAUCGCCCAUAAUUCUGCAUUUCUUAGUAGAUUUGGUUUCGAGAAGAUCGGCUCAGUCAUCUACUUGAUACCUUAAAAUAAGUGCUUCAAUUAUUAUAUCAUUUGAGAACAAGUAAUAGUUUGGAUUAUCAGUGGCUAUCAAUUUUCAAGUUUUUUAUGAAUUGAAUAAAUACAGUAAAUUUCACAUUUUCAUUUAAUAAUGUAGCAUUGAUUACUCUAUGACAGGGCAAGAUAAAUCUGUCCCCUUUCAUAGAUAAAUUGGGGGCAGUUUGUGAUUGGCGGAAUUCGGUAUAAGCAAGUGCUCGAUUUUUAAGCUGGUGUUCAGAAUUCAGAAUGAGUUUCCUCAAAAGAAUACCGAACAACCCAGCGAAUUUAAUCUUUAUUAUAAUUGAAAAAUUCGAAAAUUUGAAGGAUUGGCUAGAUUUUGUUCAAAAAACCAUCAAGUUUCAAAAUUUUUGUGAAUGCGCUUUUGCCAUCUCAGGAGAGCAGCCAUUGUGGAAAACCACAAAAACAGUUUUCUCGGCUAUAGCUUCGAGAAAAAAAACUUUAUUCUAUUUACAACAAUUUCUUAAGAAACUGAUGUUUCGUUUAUGAAUUUCCACUUAACCGUAGUGAAGAAAACGGUUUCAGCGUUUUCCAAUGAAGGCUGUUUGCCAAGAUCUUUAAAGAUCAAGAGUAAACCAAGUUAACUUGUGUUGGUAAUAUGUGUAUUACGUACAUUUUAUUUGGUACGUAUGUCAUAGAUCUAUGUAUUCAUAUAUGCAGUGCAACCAAUUUAUCAAAGUGGCUUGCACGAUUGAGUUUCAAUCAAUCUUUUCUAACAAUAAUUUAUUCGCAAAUGAAUGUUAAGCCGGACAUUUUGGAUGAAAUAUCAGUUUGAUCAAUUUUUCACGAACGUUUGAUGGAAAAUUGCUUACAUUCCAUGAAUGUAGGUUUUAAUUCUUUACCAAAAAAUUAGCAACACUACUUCAAUGCAUUUGUAUUAGAUUGCACUACACAAAAUAAACAAAACUAAAUAUUUUCUGUUACAAAAGCAGUUUUCCGGAAAAACAAAUAGUUUUACGACAACAUUCCAUAUGCAUUGCCUUUCGCGUGUUAAAUUGAAGAUGUCUAUUUUGCGGGUUUACUUAUAGAAGGUACGUAAGUCUUUAUAUCGCAAUAAUUUCUGCAAGAGGAAAUCGAUAUAGGAAUGUGUUUGUUGCUCAUCAAAUGUGUUAGUGGAAGUAAGCUGAAACUGAAAAAUUUUUUCUCGAGCAGUUUUAAGAAAAAUGGAAGAGUUUUAGACUAAGAUUUUCGCUUUUCUUGAAUUGCAAUUUUAAGCAGUAUGAACCAAAUGGUUUAUUUUUCAACCAUAUGGAAGACUUAUUGAGUAAAAUCAGAAAAAGAAGCGCCGGAAUUUGUUUUUACGCACACGUUGUUGCUUGAAAAGAGUCUUGCUCUUUAAUGGGAUAAUGCACUAAUUUCAUGCUGGCAUUAUUCAAAUUCUACCAGCUCAAUGGCAUGCAAGUUGCAAUGACAUUUGCCAUGGGGGGUUCUGCUAGUCGCCGCUAGAGCGCACGUAUUCUCAAUGGUUUCUAGUCGAGCAGUUGCUAUGAAUGGUAACUAUGGAGCAAGUGCUACCAAAGAUAUAGAUCCUUGCAAACAAUUUUAGAAUAUUGAUACAACUUUUCAUUCUCACUUAACUUAAAUACCAGACAAAAUCGAAUUAAAUUCAAUAUUCGAUUCAAUGGAAUGAAAGGUGCAGUAGCUUCAAAGCGACAAGCUUUUAAAAAUAAUUGCAUUUGAGAAUAUAAGAAAACAAUUCACAGUUACCGAGUUUUACUUCCCAGAUGCAUGUGGCUUAACACGAACAGUGCUACCAGUUACGUUUUUCGAUUUCGGGUUUGCUAAUUGUCAACGACAGGAGAGAUCACAUCAGUUUAGAAGCAGCAAUAUAAGAAGUAAAUUGUUAAUUACAAAUAUACUGCACGUAAAAUCUAAGUAAAGUUUCGACCCAAAGGGAUGCUAGCUGCAAAAAAAAGGAUCACUCUAUUACGACGGGUCGCUUGAUAGUCUGAGUUUUUAAAUAGAAAGAGUAAUGGAAGCAAGUUUAACUUGACGUUGAAAAGUUGAGAAAAAGAUUGAUAGGUCUGCUAAGCAAGAUGCAUAUCUCUAAACAUAAACACGACACAAAACAACAAACACAAAUGUUAAGAAGAAAUGAUAAAUCUCACGAACACAUUUAUCAACAAAAGAAAAAGCACUUCAAAACACAGUUUAAUGCAAAUUGCUUCAACCGUAAACCGACAACUGACACGAAAACGCUGAUGAAAGCACCUCCUCCAAUGCGAAAUAUUGGAGUAAGCUGAAAAGUUUACUUCCUGAGAAAGACAGCUAUUUUAUUAGAGAAUAAAAAUCAGCUCCCUGACGUUUUCUUCGACACUCACAUGUGACAUGGAAUCGUACGAACAAGACAAAAGUUAGUGAUUGUAAACCCCGUUCAAUUAUCCGUACGCGCCCAGUGUGUUUUGUAAUUUGCAAUAAACAGAAACCUAUGAACUUGUGUCAUAUUAUAUGUACUCUUUAGUGUCUGACUAAACUGCCAUUCGAGUAACCGAAGCAAACCAUUAUCGUACUUAGACUAAAUCAAACUAACAAAAUGAAUGUUCUAACAACAGUUGACUCGAUUAGUGAUUUAUUGAAUCUGCUAUGUAGUUAAUUUUCCGGAAAAAAUGUUAAUCUCUUGAGUUUUGCUUAAAAAAAUAAGUAAUUUGCAUUUAAACAAGUGAAUCGCGAAGGGCUGAUAAUCAAAGAACAAGGUAAAGGAGAUUACCUUAAAAAGUUGAACAAUUGUUGAUUAGUUAGUGCUAAAUAAGCGAAAUAGAUAAUAACUAGUAAGCAUUAGGAAGCUAUAAAACGAUUUCAUUCAUGUGGUUUUGAAGUGAACUUAGUUAAGCUUAUAUUUGUUGAUAUACUGGCUGUAACUACUCGACUUUUUCGUUUCAUAUACUCUACAAAUGUUUCUUUUACAAAUCACGUGCAGUAACAGUUUGCUGAGUUAAGUUUCGAUCUAUUGAUAUGUUUAUCAAUGUUUAUAAUAUACUUUGAAAUAAAAAUUCAAACGAACAAACAACGCAGUAGUAUUCACAAUGAUUGCAUGUAAAUGCUGAUGUAUUGACAAAAAUAUACUGACUUAAAUCGAACCUGAACGCUACAUCGCUUAUUGAACUUACUGAAAAUUUGUAGACGUUGCAUGUUUAUGUAGAGACAGGCGUAUAUUUAUAUGGGCAUAAAAUUACACCCGCAGGCAAACUGUUUAUGAAUUGAUUCCUAAACGUUAGGGACAGUUAUACUGUCCAGUAGGCAAAAUCAGUAAAGGCUUGAUUUAAACUUCAAAAUUCGAAUCCUAGAGUCAUUAAGAGCUUAAAUCCGCUCUGCUGGGUGCGUAAAAAUUGCCGUAGUGUGUACCAACAGGACACGAACUAUAGAAAUUCUUCGUGCUACCGGUCCUGACAAGUAUUUUAGAAGUUUCAUGCGCAACUACUUACUGAACGUGGACCUAGACAUAGAAAUAAAUCAGCAACUACUAGCAAUAGACCGAUGAGUUUCCUUUCCAAACACUAAUGCAAAUUAUGUCUUGAAAUCGGUUUGAUCUGAAUUCAUCUAUGUUUGGUUGCUGACGUUUCAAUGUUCUACCAUAGGUUGCAAAACAUUUAGAAAAAACAUUCAGUUUCGAAUCAAUUUUGCGGAUUCGCAGAACCAAAGCAACUUAUUUAAGCAAGUAUCUUCAAAACAUCAAUGGCUUAGAAAAACUAAAAAUUACCGCCGUGCGACGGUUAUGAUACAGUUUAUUUUUCACUUGAGUGCCUGAUGGAAUUUAAAAUAAUUAUACCGUGGACAGAACAAGCAGAAUAAAAACAGAAAAAAAGUACAGCACAAGCAGCCUAGAACAACACUCAUUGAUCUGUUUGUGCCCACUGUUGUUGCACUUUUGUGGUCCUAGUUAAGCUAAUUAACGAUAAUUUAGUAUAUCAUGUUGUAAGCGACCGUCAAACUGAUUAUAUUUUUCUCGCAUUCGGAUUCGCGGAUCGAAGAAGGAAUCGCUUGCAUUCAUUUUUGACCAAUCGAAUAUGCUGACGGGACGGAACUGUCUAUAAUCAACAACCAAAGUGGCAGAAACCUUACUUGAGCUGAACUAAACUACAGCUCCAAACGAAACCAGUACACAGGCCUCUGAUGCAGAACGCGACAUAUGAAACUUUUUAUGAUAAUAUUACAUAAUCUAACACUAUCCUAGUUAUAAGUAUGAGAAUCCAAGAGAGCAAACAAUAGAAGCAAAUACAAAUGUCAUAAGCCCGAGCGGUCACAAUAAGCAACUAAGCAAAUGUGUGAAAUUGUGAAAGAAAAUAUAAAAACGACAAAAAACAGUUCACUGCUAAGCUAGAAGCAAACGGAUUAUUUGAUUUUUUGACUUUUUUCAUUCUGUUGUAAGACAUUAACAAUAACGGUAAAGAUAAUAAAGGUAAACAAAGAAAGUUAAA